CAUGGUGUGCGUAGUCUGUUGGGUCCGUAUAAACAGGCGAGACUGAAAGAGUUAAUCAGACAAGUGGAUGCGUGUUGCUCUUCCCUGUUUGCCAGUCUUGUUCCAGAGGUGUGACAGCUCUUUACUGUGCCUAACCGGGGAUGAACGAAUGCUGAAAUGUGAGAGAAGAUGUUCUAAUAUCAUCGUGCUGGCGCGAUGCGGGGACCCUGUGCGCGUUUUGCAUGAAGGGGAGGAUGUGAUCUGCAAGAUGUGACUGAGGAGAGCCGCAGAUGAAUAUUAAUUGGCAUCGCAGGCUCAGCAGUAAAUUAAGAAGUCGCACAGUGGUUCCCCCUGCAGGCCUUUGGGAUACUAAAGCAUUGUGGACCCCGGCACUGAAUGACAUGCCUCACGUGACUCAAACUACACGAAGCUGAGGGUUAAUUGGGAGCUAGUGACUUCACAAGACUUCCUCAAAUCCAUUCUAUGGAGGUCAAAGGUCGCCUGAUCACUGCCAUGGGCUUAGGAGCUCCAGAUGUCCAGGGCUGUCAGGACAGCAAGCUGCAAGCAGAGCGAAUAUCAGAGCUGCAGGAGCGAAAGCAGAGUCUGCAAAGCCUUUUAAACAGUCGUCUCGGAGAGCUGCGACAAGUGUGUCUUCUGGAGGCGGAGCUCAUAGGGAAGCUUCCACAAGAUUUUCCAUUAGAAGAAGGAGAAAGACCUCCCUUUGUUCAGCGCCGAGCUGGUCUGGCCCCUCAUGUUUCCUCAAAAGGAGAGGAUGACCCAGGUCAGCGACGGCAGAUGAAGGCUCUCUUCAGUGGUGCCCUGCGCCGGAGCAUCGAUUCUGAUAAGAAUGCAUUGCACAGUAAGAGGACUGUUCACCGGGGAUGCCACACAGAGGAAACUGUGAAGUCGGAAAGCAGUUCAAUGUCUGACUCAACAUCACAUGACAAUGAGGACUCGUCUCCCAGUGUGGCACCUGAGCAUCGCUCCUUGUCUCACCCCCGGCUGGCCCCAGGCAGUCCUGACAGUAGGCUCUGUAGGAAGCUGUCGCCUGUGGAGAUCUACUACGAGAUGAGGACACGCCGCAACUCAGCCUCAAGCUCUGUGAGCCCGAGUCACUCACUCCCAAGAAGUGCAUCCAAUGUGGAGGGCAGAAGUGUUCCAGCCACGCCGCUGUUGUCCCGCACUGCGCCGAUCAGCGUUCACGUGAGGCCGGAGAUGUCUGGAGGUAUUGCACUGAAGCAGUGGUGUGGCAGUCCAGAUGUUCCUCAGUUUGUCCCAUUGGCAUCUUUGGAGGGCUCCUCUUCUGAGCGCCGCAGCUGCCCCUACAGCUCUCGUGCCCGUCGUAGCAACAGCUCUGAGGCGCUGCUUGACCGCUCGAGUCUCCCUGAGCCCGGUCCCCCUCGCAACGGCAUGCCACCCCGAGCUGGACCGUACAAGAGCUCAGAGUCCCUCACGGAUGGGAAGCUCCGCCAGUUCUAUCAAGGCAGCCCAGAGAGACAGAUGAUGGGAUUUAAAGACCAGGGUCGGAUGCGCUCCUCUCUCGGCGGCCAGAGCAGUGGCACAGGUUACAAUGAGAUUCUGAUGGACUACAUUUGGGGCAAACAGCAAAAGAGGCCAGCCCAGGCUCAACAAAACCAGUCAGCCGGACGCAUCUGGUCGGACUUUUCCACUCCUCCAUCAGGCACUCCUCCGCACUACAACGGUUUCUCCCAUUCGCAAAUACAUCUGGCUACCGCCCCUCCUUCCUAUAGCCCCAUGCUGCUGCGGGGUCAAGAGGCCGAACCCCGUCGGGUCAAAGUGACGCGAACAAAAUCCUGUGGACCCUUCAUCCCUUUACAGCAGCACCCACAGGACGCCGUGUUGUUCUCGGCGUACGAUCCGGCACAUCCCUCUGCGGGAUCCACUGCUUCUUCUAUUCCCAACCUGCUCCCUCACCACACAGAGCUGUCCACCGCUGCAGCGUUCGGCCGCAGAGCGCCUCAGUUCUCUCUGCCCACUCCUGAGGACUCCACUCGCAGUCUGCACAAGGCGCUGGCUCUGGAGGGACUUCGGGACUGGUAUCUGAGGAACGCCUUAGGUUAUUCCACUUCGACCAAAGGUCACGACGGACUCGCCAUGCGCCACUCACAUACUCACCAUCUCGUUCACCAGCCUCAGUCUGUUACAACUGACCCACUUUACUCUGUGCACCGUCAAAUACCUCAGUCAGCUUCAUUUCAUGGGCAUCCCUUGCAUGCCAGGUCCGUGGAGCUCUCUCUCUACCCAGAGCCUUUCACCUUAGAGGGGAGCGCUCAGAAAGAGUCCGGCUCUGAGCCCCCUUCACCUGGAACACUGGUCUGACCCGCAGCCGACGCACCCACGGCCUCCAACGCAACAUGUUGCAAUAUUUCAUGCAAAAUGACACCUUAUUCUAGGGAUGCAUUUGUCCAUUUGCUCAAAAAAAAAAAAAAAAAAAAAGAAUAACAUAAAUGCUGCCACAAUGACUAUGACGCCAGGACAAAAUAGUAUUUGAUUGGAGAAAUAUAUAAUUUUAUUAUACUUAAAAGUUUCAGCAUUAUUUUAACAACGAUACAAUUAUGGCUGUCAUAGAUCUAGUGCAGCGCUUGAUUGUAAACUGGUGUUUACAAGGAGCUUUUUUCCUCCUCCAUAAUCUGUGUGUGUGUGUGUAUUAUUGGGAAGUUAUUGUAAUGUAUUUACAUUUUCAAAACAAAAUAUAAAAGUAAUCAUAUCAUCUCCACUUCAUCCUAAAAUUUAUAUAUAUAAUCAGAGAAUAAAAUAGAUUAUAAAAUGUAUGUAUUCUAAAUUACUAUUUUGUAACUAAUAUGUUUCAGGUUAACAGUCAUUUAAUUAUAUACGAGUCUACUCGGAGUUUAACGAACUCAUGCGUUUUAAUGUACUAUAACAGCAUUGAAUGUGUUGCAUACCUGUUUGUUUAUAUCUGUAUAUCUAAAUAUCUAUUAUGUAGCUAUGAAAAGUAUGCUAAAAAGCAUUUCAUAUAGAGGACCUUGAAGUGAGGACGAGCUUUCACUUGGAGGGCUUAUGUUCUCUGAAGUCUUAGACAUGCAAACAAGCUUAUGCCUGAACUCCAAAAUGAACUUUGAAGCUCUAAUACAGCGAUUUACACAAUUUAGCCCACAGUCAUCAAAUACACAAUUUCAAAGGACUUGAAAAGGACUGCUGACCUAAAAUACUGAGAUCUUGACUUCCGAAAUGGUAGUCUUGAGGCCUGUUCACACUAAAUCAAAAAAAGGUGCAUGAGAAGAUUUUAAAAAGGAAAAAAAUGCAUCCCUGUGAAAUCUUUCAUUUAGAGUCAGAAAAGAAUGAAUAUUAUUUUUUAUAUUAUUGUUGUUAUUAUUAUUAUUAUUUAGCUGUUCUUAGUUUCAUGGGAUGCCAAACUGUUUAAGACUUUUAAGAAAAUUGGCAUCAGACUCCGUGUGAAUAGUUUUGGUGCAAAAAUGAUUUGCAAAUAUUUUCUAUUUUCAUGUUUAGUCGCAUCCGACUUGGUAACCCCUUUAAUAGAUAUUCUUAAAUAUUUGACAAAUCUUAGGUGAGCAUAUACUGUAGUUUACAUGUUGAGCAGUGGCAUAAGCUGGUCUUAUGUUGCCACUCUUUGGGAGCAAAACACCUUAUAAUUGUCUUAAGCAGUCAGUAUGUUAUUAUUCUGUAAACCUAGUAGUUUGGUAACUUUUGUUACAGUUGCUGGCUUAGUUUUUCUUUGAGCUAGGUUCUUCCUGAAAUGCAGCAUAAUUAAGUCUGGCAAAACAAUUUUUUAUUAUUAUCACCAGUUACCAGGUUGUGAUUAUUAUCCUCGAAAUCUACAAUUUGCUGUGCACUAUAUUAAAUACAAGACUAUAGGGUAAUUUUUGCCCACGUUAAGCCUAGAAAUUAUUGUUAAAACUGCAGAACAUAGGACAUGCACUGUAAAAAAAAAAAAAAAAAAAAAAAUUCAACUUGAAAUAACUUAAGUUGACUCAACUAAAAACUUUUAGGCAGCAGGGUAACAAGUUAUUUCAAGCUGAAACAACUUUUUUUUUUUUUUUUUUUUUUUACAGCGUGUGAUGGUUCAACUUUCAAAUGACGAUGGUUUAUUUAAUGUUUGGUUAAGUAGACUCGAGUUCAUGCUACUUUUCAUCUUGCGGGUAUGUGAGGUGCCUCCAGCUGGAAAUCUGAAAGUCAUGACCAAACAGCUGUGCAUUGCUAGUCUCUUUUAGUGUAUUUUGGUGACAUAAAUGUCUGUACUGUAAUUAUAAAUAAUGAAAAAUACCUAUAUGUAGCAACUUGAAUAAACGAUAUAUAUUGUAUAUUUAUGAACUGAUCAGA